AUGGGCGACCGGGGCCAAUCUUCACACAAGUCCAGCUCAGUGUUUAAUGAACUCCGUCUGGAAGGAGAAUUCUGCGACGCAGUCAUCAAAGUCGAGGGCGUAGCAUUUGAAGUCCACAGGGUCAUCCUCUGUAAAUGCAGCCCGUACUUCCUCGCUCUCUUCAGACGUUGGUCGUCUCCAGACAAAAAGGUCUUCGACAUACCCGGCCUGUCUUCUGACAUGAUGCAGCUCAUCAUUGAGUUUGCAUACUCCGGCUCUGUUUCUGUGACGAAGGAAAAUGCACAGGAGCUGCUGCUGGCAGCCGAUCAGCUCAAUGUAAUGGACAUUGUGCAAACUUGCUGCAACUUCCUGGGGGAGCAGCUCUGCCCAAAGAACUGCAUCGGCAUCUUUCAGUUCACCAACAUCUGCUUCUCCUCCGAACUGCAGAGCAAGGCCUACCGCUACAUCAUUGAUCACUUUGAAGAGGUUGUUUUCUCUGAAGAGUUCCUGCAGCUCUCUGUGCAGCAACUCGCCGACAUCCUCGAUAGAGAUGAACUCAAUGUGAGAAAAGAGAGCACUGCGUAUGAGGCCGUCCUUCGCUGGAUCGCCCAUGUACCUGAAGAACGAAAAGAACACAUCGCAGUACUCUUGUCUAAGGUCCGACUGGCCUUGAUGAGUAUGGACUACAUGAGAAGCAACGUGAUGUCCAAUGAGCUGGUGAAUAAAAACACUGAGUGCCAGCCCAUGGUCAAGGAAGCCAUUGAAACCAUCAGUCGAAUCAUGAGAAACAGACCCUCUGUGUCUUAUCUCUGCAACCCUCUCGCCCGUCCUCGCCUGCCUAAUGCCGUCCUGUUGGCCAUUGGCGGCUGGAGUGGUGGCGAUCCAACAAACGGCAUUGAGGCCUACGAUAUCCGCGCUGACUACUGGAUCAACGUGACAAACAAUCACGAGCGUCCCCGUGCCUAUCACGGCACUGCCUUCCUCAACGGCAAUGUCUACUGUGUUGGUGGCUUCGACAGGGCUGAGCAUUUCAACAGCGUGCGCCGGUUUGAGCUGAGCACACACACCUGGCAUGAGGUGGCAUCCAUGUACUACCGUCGCUGCUACGUGAGCGUCACCGUGCUGGACAAGUGCAUCUAUGCCAUGGGAGGUUAUGAUGGGCACGCACGACUCAGCAGUGCAGAACGCUACAGACCCGAAACCAACCAGUGGAGUCUUAUUGCGCCAAUGCACGAGCAUAGGAGCGACGCCAGCAGCACAACACUCCACAACAUGGUUUACGUUUGUGGCGGUUUCAAUGGGAACGAGUGCCUGCAAACGGCUGAAUGUUACAGCCCAGAGACCAACCAGUGGACAGUGAUCGGCCUCAUGAACUGCCGCCGCAGUGGAAUUGGCAUCGUUGCAUAUGCAGACCAUGUCUAUGCAGUUGGUGGCUUUGAUGGCUCAAUCCGUCUGUGCAGCGCAGAAGCCUACAACCCUCGUAACAACACCUGGCACGAAGUGUCUCCCAUGUUGACCCCCCGCAGCAACUUUGGCAUUGAGGUGCUUGAUGAUCGGCUCUUUGUUGUUGGGGGCUUCAACGGCUUCACCACCUCCUAUAACGUCGAGUACUACGACGCAACAACUGAUGAGUGGACUGAGGCUUGUGAAAUGGAGAUUUUCCGCAGUGCCCUGAGCUGCUGUGUUGUGUCCGAUCUCCCCAACAUGGUCGACUACGUUGUCCCCCGUGACGCCUUGCCACAUUUACAUUUGGAUGAUGUGUCUGUGGAGUCUGUGGAUUCAGGAGACUCUGUCUAA